AUGUUUCUAUCUUUUACUCUCAGCCGUCGUUUUGAAGCCGUGGAGCUCUUACUAUCUCGGGGCAGCGAGGUGAAUGGGAAGAGCAAGGAUGGCAGGACUCCUCUCCAUUUGGCUGCAGACUCAUCUCAGGAAUGGACAGAUUGUGUGAGAGCAUUAAUGCAGCAAAGCACUGUUGAGGUCAAUGCACGGUCUAAUGAUGGUCAAACACCGCUGCACCGGGCCUGUUGGUGGGGACACUUGCACACUGUCGACAUGUUGUUGGGUCACAAUGGCAUCGAUGCCAACGUGGUGGACAGCGAUGGAGACACACCACUGCAUGUGGCAGUUCGGGGGCGAAACGAUAAAUUGGUGUCUGUGAUGCUGAACCAGGGGUCUGUUCAGUUGGAUAUUCAGAACAAAAAGAAAAUGACACCAUUGCUUGAAGCCGUUUCCCGGGGUCACCUCGGAAUGACACACAAGCUUAUAGCCCUGGGUGCAAACAUAAAUGCUGUUGAUGGUGAUGGUAACAGCUGUUUGCACCUUGCUGUGAAAAGAAAAGUGUUUAAUUCUGAGGGUGCACCCAUGGAUUUACUAAACGAAUUCUGCACUGUCCUUAACCUGAAAAAGAAUAGAAGGCUCUCUGGUAUAGUGGUUGCUAGAUAUCUCAGCAGCCAGGGAGCUGACUUUCACCAUAAAAACAACAACAAUAACACACCAUUGGACCUCAUUAAGGACCCAAAUUUGAGAAAAAAAUUAGAAACAUUUUCACCACCACAAUGUGUGUUUUGCGAAGACGAAGUGGCCACAGAGACGUUCUUUCCAUGUAAACAUCUUUCGCUCUGUAAGAAAUGCUGUCCCCCAAAGAUACCUAAACGAUGCCUCAAGUGUGGACAGAAGUUAACGAGCAAAAAUAGUUUGGAGGCUCCAACGCGUGGGAAGUUCACGACGGUGUCAGAGCCUACAUCCUCUAAAUCACAGCCAGUUGAGUCUCCAGUGUUAGAUGAAAAGUUUCUCCAAGAUGUCGCACAAAAUUUAGGAGGAAAAUGGCAACAAGUCGGAAGAGAAUUAGGAAUUAAAACUGUUCGAUUGGAAAUCAUCAAAAAUGACAAUCCCUUUGACACCGUUGAACAGAGCUUCCAGAUGCUGUGGAGAUGGUUUACACAUUGUGAUCCAGAGACACGAACACACAGAACACUCAGAAAAGCUCUUGAGAAAUGUAAGUGUUUCGAUGCACUCGAAUGUCUACCUCAGACGAUGUAAAAUUUUGUGUAAAUGAUGUAAUUGUCUAAUCCGAGGUCAAUCGUGACCAAACCGAGACCUAUAAUCAAAUGUCUUCUAGCCAGAGCCCUCCUGGCUUUACCCUUAAUGUAGAGAGCCCAGAAUCACGUGUCCUAUCUGUCCUUCUUUAAAGUGAUAAUUGUGAAUUGGGGAGGAUUUAGGUACUAAUUCUAGCAGAUCUAUCUACC